GGUCAGUGUGCGGCAGUCGACGCAGCACUGAGGAACUGACGUCAACAAACAUGGAGUUCUAACUGAAGAAACAGGAGUAAAUAAAGGAGGCACAGGAAUCAACAAUGAUGGAUGAAGACGAAACCUGGCUGGAGGAAAUGCUGAUGUGCUCGGUGUGCCAGGACAUCUUAAAGGAUCCUCGGCUGCUGCCCUGUGGACACUGCUUGUGUUUGGACUGUCUGGAGAACCUGAAGGAUCAAGCCACAGAGAUGCAGUUCGUCUGCCCAGACUGUCGGUCACAUUUCGAUGAGAGGGACGGACAUUGGGUACAGAAGAGCUACGCGCUGUCCAAUAUCGCAGAGAACUUCAGGGUGAACAAGACCAGGAGGGAAAAGCAGACAAGAAGUGUGCACUGUGACUGCUGCCAGAAAAAAGAAACUCCGGCUGUUAAAACAUGUCUGAAGUGUGAGGUGUCACUGUGCACAGAACACGUCAGGGACCACCUGGAGCUGCCGGUGUUCACAGGACACCCCCUGGUCCAGCCUUUAGGAGACCUCCUGGACAGGAAGUGUUCACAGCACAAGGAUCAGGUUCUGAGGUACUACUGCAACUCCUCCAGACGCUACAUCUGCAACAUCUGUGCCCUGGAACUCAAGCAGCUCAACGCGGCCACCGAGGCCUCCACUGUCUUGCGGAGGCAGCUGACUGAAUACAUGGACCAGAACUUCCAAAUACUGAGGCAGCAAAUUACAGAAUCUACAGACCUUCGACGUAAUAAACAGAAGGUAAAACCUGCCUACUCGUCCCUCAACGGCGUCACGGUGGUCCUGCUCUUUCUCUGGUUCAUCGUCCUCUAUUAUGCCUACAACUACUCUCUGGAAAACCAGACGCUCACAGAAGCCUUGGAGAAGCAGCAGAGCCGUGUGCAUCACAUCUACUCCACCGUUGCAGAACUCAUGGUUGAUCACCGAAUGAAAACACAAAAACGACCGGAAACGGAAGAUGAAGGAACCCUCCUGUCGGACCUGGACAUCGUCAGUCAUUUCAUUGGGGCCUCUCCUAACCUCCCAACAGCAGAGAGAUUAAAAACUCAACUGGAAUAUCCUAAAAGUGACUUUGAUGAAGCCCCACAGGUCCUCCCUACCGAGUGCCUUUCCUCUGGGACUCAUGUCUGGGAGGUGGAGAUUGAGGGCCCCUGGAACAUCGGUGUGUCCUACAGGAGCAUCCAGGACAGCAGCAGCACCUCUGGAGACCCCACAGAGUCCUGGAGCCUUACGCACAGUGGCACAGGCAAACUGUAUGCCGUUCAUAAUAAUAGAAAAACUGCACUGUCUGAAACUUUGCGGAGCAGCCGAAUAACAGUGGCGGUUAAUUUCAAGGCAGGCAGCAUCACGUUCAGCGCUGUGGAUUCCACCGUCACGCAGCUGCAUGAGUUCAAGACUGAACUUACUCGGCCUGUGUGUCUGUGGCGUCGCCCAGCAGAGCUUCUGUUGUCAGAGCUUCAAGAGUAAUCCUGCACAUCGUCACAGCAUACAGACUGCAAUCAGACUGAAGGAGAACAUGUCUGAGAGUCGAGACCAAAGCCAAAAAACACCUCAGGACUAUACCUUUAUUUUGCCAAGUGUGUGUAUGCAUGAUUAAAUUAAAUAUUUCAGUAUAAAUGUAAUUUAAUACAAAUUGUGUAUCAGAUUGGGCUUGCCGGCUUCCAGAUUGAUGGUUCUUAAAGAAUCCAACACAAAGCUAUGGCUGACUCAGUUCUGAACAUAUUCUAAAAACUGUCUUUUUUGCACCCAAAGCAGCUCUUCUUCUCUGUUGCCUUUGGUCUAAUACUUUGGAGACAAAAAGUGAACCAAUAUUCCUGUAAUCAGUGUGCAAACUACGCCAUGGUAACAUUUAUAAAGCGCUGGAUUUAGCUUCCGUUUGUCAUAUUUCUAUCAAUAAAAAUGAGAAAACGGGUGAAAAGUAGACACUGCUGCGUGUCUUUUAGCAUCAUGGAGGUGUGGAAGGCAAUGAGAAAGAGAGAGGCACUGUUUAUUUCAGUUAGUAUUGCAGAAAGAAAAUAUGCUCAAUAGACACAAAUAUAAAAUGAUAACGAUGUAAAAAUUUGUUCUUUGCUGUCUUUCUCUGUUUCUGAAAAUGUGGAAAGAGAGGACAUUUAUAAGUCUGCUUUGGAAAUUCAGUUGCUGCUUUUAUUAAACUGCAGUCUGGCUUCAAAGCUUGCUAACACCAGCUAACAUUAGCCACUAUAACCUACUGCUCAUACCAGACAAGGCUGCAGUGGUACAACGGCAGUAAAAACCUGAGUGUUUUGAAUCGAGUCUGGGUGUAUUUAAUUCCUUACGAGUUCCAUUUUUUCUUUGGUCAGAUUAAGAAUUGAUUCAGUCUCUUCUUAGUUUAAUAAUCUGGCAUCAACGGAAAAACAUGUGAUUGAGCAAUUUUGCUCAUUUAUUAAGAAAACAUGAAGGCUGAGCUUUUUUUAGAAAUGAAUGUUUUACAAAAUAAUGAGACAAUAAUCAACCAAGAAAGGCCACUAUUUUCAGUACAAAACAAGUCAUACAGAGAUAGUUUUUCCUCAAACUAAGGCAUUCUCUGCUAAAUUCAACUGAAACAGUUGUUGGUUCUUAAUACAAGAGACAUUAAACACAGAAACCUUUGAAACCUUGAUGUACACAAAAGGAUGAUGAACACUGUGCAAUAACAUCUGCUGUAAAAAAAAAAGUUUGAAAUGUCAUCCGUCCUCUUUUGUCCUAUACAAACAACUAUAACCUAAGAGAACUAGAUUAUCAUUGUCUUAUGCAUCUGUCUUUCUUCUCUAGCUGCCUUAAGUUUCUUGAUGCCUGCCUGGAAGUCGUGUACAAACAUCACCCUCUAUAAAUAUCCACACUGCAAACAUUCGUGUUGUAACAUAUUAGCAUGGAAUGUCCUAAUUCUGCUCUAUGUUAGCAGUAUUUAUUGUUUGUCCUCCUGAAAUAAAACAACUGCCAAACCUACA